GCGUUUAUGAAUUCAUGGCAUCAGAACAGGAGGCAAGGCAGGAGGCCAUCAGAGAGAAGGAGAGGAUGCUCAAGGAAGAGGAGGACAGAAAGAAGGCCAAGGAAGCUGAGGACAAGGCUCUUCGUAAGCUUAAGGAGAGGCAAGAUUUCGAAGAAAGAAUUGGGGCGAUAGUUGGUACGAAGAUUAACGAUGCUUGCGAGAUCUUCCUUGGCAAAACGGACAAAGACAGGAUUUCGCCAACUGAUCCUGCAAGAGCUCGUGGAGUUCAACUAAGAGGGCGUGCUACGGUGGAUGUGGAGAAAGAACAGUUGGAGAAGCAGAUUGAAGUCGUGAGACGCGAGCACGAAUGUAUUAAGAAGCAUAUGGAGGAGUUGACCAGAACUCUAAAACAGACUAGCGCAGGGACGAAGAGAGCGGGAUCAGGUGUCUGCAUUACAAGUCCUCCAGAGGCGCCUGCCAGAGGGAAGGCGCGUGUAUUGGGUACGGGAACAACAACAUCCAGUGAGUUCCAGAAGCUCCUCAGAGCUUACAAUUUGAUGAAGGAGGAGAAGCGAAUGGCUGAUAUUGAAGUACAGGCUCUGAGGGAUCGUUUUGAGAAGGCAAUGGCAAAAUUACGCGGCGACGAUCAAGGCCAGACUGAGGAAGGGUUGGAUGACUUAACGUUGAGACCUUCACCGCCGAAGAGAACGUCGGACAGGCUUGCUUCCAAGGCCGCGAUCACUGAGAGAAACGAGUUUAUCAAAGAGACGAAGAAGUACCUAAAGAGGCUGAAGAAGCAUGGUCUUCAAAUCCUAUGCGGUAAGGAAGGUAUCAGCUUCGUCACCUGUGAACAGGCGAUCAAUGAGUUAGCAGAGCUUCGUGCGUCUCUCCCCUUCGAUUUUCGACCAGUCGCCAGAGACAACUGCAAGAGUACUCGCGCCCAGCAGGAUUCAGCGGCAGAGGAGAUACGUGAUGAUACGGAGGUAGGUACGGAUGUGCAGGAAACGCAGCAUAUCGAUGCCGACGAUGACGAACAGCUUGGAGAGGAAUAGGGACUCUGCCCAAGCGGACGAG